UAACACCCUGUGAGCCAGAGAGUGGAAGGAACAGUAGGGAACUGAGCAGAGUAGCCGCCCAAGCAGAAGCUACAGUAAUGGGGUCCCUAAGGCAAUGUUUGGCUCCAUACUGCAAGUUUUUUCUUUAUUAGGUUGCUUCUAAAGGGUGGUAUUCUCCUUGUAUUAACAGUUCCAAGCCAAGCAAGCUUUCUCAGAAAGAUGUUGACUAUGAGAAACAUGAUUUGUAUGUUCUAUGCUAGAAUGACGUGUAGUCUUGGAGUAUGCUUUGCACCAAAAUGUUCCCGAGAAACAUAAAGACCAGUUUUCUUGAUGGGGAUCUUUUGUGUGCUACAAAUGAAAAAGUAGCAAUACUUCAUGGACUAUUAUGAGCUUUUACUAUCAUUUAUAUCUUGCUGGGACACUGGCUUCAAUAAUGUCUGUGGAACUCAGUUUAGUACUGGAGUAAAAGGAGGGGAAAGGAGUGUGGGUCAGGUGGGGUUUGGAAGAGUCCUUUUAACACUUCAACUGAGCAGGAUUGGCAAAUAAUGCAGACACCAAAAGCGAGGACGGGCUCUUCAGAAGUGCCCCAGAGGAGAUCUCCGACAACACCUCAAACUGCUCGCCAACUCAAGGUACCAGGACCGGACUCUGAUGCAGUUCCUUCUCCAAAAGCAGCUAGUAAGGCUCUGAAAGAUAGAAGUCCUAAAGUCACUGAACGCCGAUCACCACGAAGGCAGGCAACAGAGAAAUGGCCAGGAAGGCUAUCUGAACUGGAAUCCCAGCUUACUCAACUCCAGGAGGACCUCAAAAAGGCAAAAGAACAACUGAAUGCAUCUGAAUCAAUAAAGAAGCGAGCUCAGCAGGAGGCUGAUGAGGCUAGGAAGCAGGUUCUAGUCAUGUCAGCAAAGCUUGAUGAAUCUCGAAAGCAGUUGCUGGAGAUUACUUCUUCUGAGGAUGCACGGGUUGAAGAGCUUCGGAAAAUCUCCCAAGAUAGAGAUAGGGCAUGGCAAUCUGAACUUGAAGCUGUACAAAAGCAGCAUUCAAUGGAUUCUGCUGCAUUGGCUUCUGCCAUGAGUGAAAUCCAGAAGCUCAAGGUUCAGUUGAACAAGGUUGCUGAAUCUGAAGCUGUCCAAAGUAAGCAUGCAGAAUCUGCACAUGUUGAGAUUCAGAACCUAAGAAUUGAACUUUCCGAAAUAAUCUCUCUUGUUGAAAAAUUGAGAACUGAGCUCAAUGAUUGUAAGGAAUCUGAGACUCGGGCUCAUGAAGUUGUUAGCAAAACCCAAAUGCAAUUGGAAGCAGCAAAUGCAACCAUAGAAAUGUUGCAUGCAAAUAACAACAAAGCAGCAGAGGCGUACAACACUAUAUCACUGGAGUUUGAGCAGUCCAAAAUGCAAGCUAAGUCAUUGGAGGAACUAGUAAGUAAACUCCAGGCAAAUCUGGUUGGUGGAGCGAGCAAACAAUCAGUGGAUCCUCCAGAUAAUUUCAAAGUUUUACUUGAUAGUGAGAGGAAGGAAAUGGACCAGCUCAAAGAGGAGCUUAAUUUUGCGAAGUUUGAAGUUGAACAGUUAAGAUCUGCAUUAGAUGCUGCAGAGACUAGGUACCAGGAAGAAUACAUGCGGAGAACAUUGCAAAUUAGAAGUGCUUAUGAACAGGUUGAACGUGUAAAGUCAGAUUCAUGCCAAAGAGAGGCAGAACUGGAGGCAGAAUUAAAGAAAACCAAAGCUCACAUUGAUGAGUUGAGAGCAAACCUGAUGGAUAAAGAAACUGAAUUGCAGAGUAUCAUGGAGGAAAAUGAGGGAUUGAAUGUGAAGAUGGGAAAAGACCAGCCUAGUGAAAAGGAAUCUGAACUUGUGAAAGAAGUGAAGAAAUUAGAGGCAGAUCUGAUUGAGUUGAGGGCCAGUUUGUUGGCGAAGGACAUCGAGCUGCAUAGUACAAGUGAUCACAAUGAAAUGCUUAAGGUGGAAAUUAAGAAGAGGGAGCUGGAGAGUAAUAAAGUCAAUGACGAAGCUAUAGCUUUAGUAGAAGCAGCACAAGCUGCUGAGAGGGAGGCUUUGGCGAAACUUGACUCCUUAACCGAGGAAGCAGAUAACAGUAGCAGAAAAGUAGCACAUUUUACCGAGCAGCUAGUUGCAGCCCAGGCAACCAAUGCAGAAUUGGAGGGUGAACUAAGGAGGUUAAAGGUGCAGUCAGAUCAAUGGAGGAAGGCAGCAGAAGCUGCUGCUGCUAUGCUCUCAACAACAAACAAUGGGAAACAUGUAGAGAAAACUGGUACCUUUGACAACUCCUACAGCCCAUUAACUGGGUAUAUUGGUUCACCUUACUCAGACGAUAUGGAUGACGAGUCACCCAAGAAGAAAAACGGGAACAUGUUGAAAAGGAUAGGUGGACUGUGGAAGAAAAGUCAGCGGUAGCGAACUAUAUAACAGGUAGAUCCAGUGUCACAUAGAAAUGUAGGAAGAAAUUUAAGCUCAAAUCAAACUCCAUUUUGUUUGCUGAAAUUUCAGUUAAUCUUCUUCUUGUGGUAGAAGCAGUUGAAUUUUGAGCCAAACAACGUGGAAGUUUAUUUAGCUACUUCAGACUUGAGAUGUUUUUGUAAUCUAGUUGGAAUAUCCUCUGCUUAUUCUGUA